GUUUUUAAAGCGACACCUCUGUCUGAGUAUCAUCCAAAACCAAAACCUUGUGAAUUCGUACCAGCAGCAUCACAAAGAUACUCUGAGACCGAGCUAGGACAAUGUAUGAAAAUGUCCCAACAAUCUCCACAGUGGAGCGCCAGCAGAUAUUGCAGGCUUUGGAGCGGCUGCAGGUCAAGAUGGCCCAGAGGGAGGAGUGGACCCACAGUGAGAGGCUGGGGGUGCUGAGGGAUGCCCUACAGAGCCCACUGCUAGGACACAUCCUCACGCUGCAGCAUUCAAUCAAACAACUCAAAGACCAGCUGAACUGCAUGCCUCCAGACACCUGCAGUGAUUUCAGCUUCUCUAGGAAGGGCCAGCUGAUUGUCAGUGCCAGCCGCCCAGCCAGCAGCCUGUGCACGUCCGGCCCUGGCUCUGUGUUGUCCAACGGCUCGGCCCUUGCCUCCCCCGACCAGCUCCAGAGAUGGUUCUGCACCUCCUCUAAGGGGAGGCAGACAGAGCACAUCAGCCUGCCCAAGCCCUUGUCUGGGGGCCUGGGCUUCAGUGUGGUGGGCCUAAGGGCUGAAGGGACAGGGGGCCACGGGGUCUUCAUCAGACAGGUCCAGCCUAGGAGCAUCGCAUACUGGGAUGGGCGCAUACAGGAGAACGACCAGAUCCUGGUGAUCAACGGGACGCCCCUGGACCAGAGUGUCAAGAGUGUCACCCAGCAUCAGGCCAUCGCUCUCCUGCAGCAGCCUGGGGACAGGGUGGAUCUAGUGGUGGCCAGGGACCCUGCCACCAUCACACAGCAUACAAACACCCCCCCGCCCCCACUCCCGCCUGGACCCAGUCACAAGGAGCAGUGGGGCCACAUGGAGGAGAUGGAGCUGCUGAACGACGGCUCGGGCCUGGGCUUUGGGAUUGUUGGAGGCAAGGCCACUGGGGUGGUGGUGAGGACUCUGGUUCCAAACAGUGUGGCUGACAAGGAUGGGCGCCUGCGUACAGGUGACCACAUCCUGCGUAUUGGUGAGACCCCCACAGGUGGCCUGACCAGCGACCAGGUGGUCAAGGUGCUGCAGGGCUGCGGGAGCCACGUGCGCAUGCUCAUCGCCCGUGACCCCUCGGGACAGCACUCCACCUCCCCGCCACCCCCUCCCCCGCCCGCCACCAGCCCCGUCUCUGCCUUACCCGCUGGAGUCGAACCCCAGAGCAGGGUCAGCAGGACGCCCAACCUGGAGGGUUAUGAGAUCCAUGAAGUGCCUCUGAGGAAGAAGGAGGGCCAGAGCCUGGGGAUCACCAUCAUCGGAUACAACUUCUUAACCUGCGAAGACGCGGUCGGCGUGUUUGUGAAGAACGUGGUUCCUGGGAGUGCCGCUGAGCAGAGCGGAAACAUCCGGAUCUAUGACAGGAUCAUAGAGCUGGACGGGGUGAGCCUGCAGGGCUUCACUAACCAGGAGGUUCUGGAGGUGAUGAAGCAGACAGGCCAGACGGUCCACCUCACCCUGGUCAGGAAGAUAGCCUCGCCCAAACUGUCACUGGAGAGGACCCUGGACAAAGGUGUGGAGGAGAUAUCUCUGUCUGAGCUGAAGGACAAAUGGGAGCAGUCUCUGGGGCCACAGUACGAUGUUCUGGUGGUUGAACUGGACCCUGUUAUUGAAGAUGAUGCUGAACUACAGAAUUACUCCAAGCUGCUACCCAUCCACACCAUGCGUCUGGGGGUGGAGUUGGACUCGUUUGACGGCCACCACUACAUCUCCUCUGUGGCCCCAGGGGGCCCUGUGGCCAAACACGGCCUCCUGAGACCAGAGGACGAACUACUAGAGGUAAACGGAGUGCAGCUGUACGGCAAGUCGAGGCGCGAGGCGGUUGCGUUCCUUCGUGAGGUUCCCCCUCCCUUCACCCUGGUGUGCUGCAGACACCUGACAGAGGAGAACUCAGACUACCAGCUUGACCGGGACGAUGAGUGGCGCUCGCCCAGCACCGCUGCCAGCCUCUCUGAGCAGGACCAAGCCACCCUAAAGGAGAUCUCAGAGGAGGAGCAAGCGCCCACAUACCCCAGCCACCAGAAGGAGAAAGUGCUUGAGGAAGGAGAAGAGGAGGAGGAUGAAGAGGGAGAGCUGGCUCUGUGGUCCCCAGACAUCCAGUUGUUGGAGCUGGAGAAGAGAGAGAGAGGCCUGGGCUUCAGCAUCCUAGACUACCAGGACCCUCUGGACAGGGCAGGCUCGGUCAUCGUCAUCCGCUCCCUGGUGCCCGGCAGUGUGGCAGAGCGCCAUGGGUACAUGCUCCCCGGGGACCAGCUGGUGUUUGUCAACGACACCUAUCUGGACACGGUGAGCCUGUCCCAGGCCAUGGAGGUGCUGAAUGCCGCUCCGUCUGGAACAGUAUACCUGGGCAUCCGCAAGCCACUGGUGGUGGAGGAGGAAGGUGGAGAUGGUACUGUGGAGAAGCUGGAGUCCAGAGCCCUCUUUGAUCAGCUCUCUCUAGGUCAGUCUGUGAAUUCCUGGGUGGAGACUGCGGACAGCGAGGCGGACUCAGACUCCAGGAACGGAAGAUCAGAACUCAUCCUCACAGACACAGAUGAUCUACCUGAGAGGGAGGAAGGAGAGGGAAAGGAAACCCCUGCCUUCAGUCACUGGGGACCCCCACGCAGAGUGGAGGUGUGGCAGGAGGAUGGCGAGUCUCUUGGCAUCAGCAUCGUGGGCGGGCAAAGCGUCAUCAAGAGACUGAAGAACGGAGAGGAACUCAAGGGCAUCUUUAUCAAACAGGUACUGCCGGAGAGCCCAGCAGGACGCACUCGCUCCCUCAAGACUGGAGACAAGAUAGUGCAGGUAUCAGGUGUGGACCUCCAGAAUGUCAGUCAUGAGGAGGCAGUCCAGGUCAUCAAGACAGCUCCCAGUCCCGUGGUCUUUAUCGUUCAGAGCCUCUCUGCCACGCCAAGGCCUGUCUCACUAACGGCGCCCAGUUACAGAAAACACAAGGCAAAGAGCAGAGUCAUGCCGAAAGCAGAAGUAGGAGGUGCUCCUCCCCCGAUGAGACUCCCACCGCCCUACCGGCCACCCGGUCAGCUGACAGAGGACCAGGACGAAGAGCUGGAGGGAGUCAAAGAGCGGAUCAGGUUGCGCUACGGGGAGCUGUGCGGGGAGCUGCUGUGUGUGGAGCUGGACAGGGAGCGUCAGGGCCUGGGUCUGAGCCUGGCGGGGAACAAGGACCGCUCCUGCCUCAGCAUCUUCGUGGUAGGCAUCAGCCCCGGGGGCCCCGCCGCCAAGGACGGACGCAUCCGCGUAGGGGACGAGCUGCUGGAGAUCAACAACCAGGUCCUGUAUGGCCACAGCCACCUGAACGCAUCGGCCAUCAUCAAGAGCGCCUCGUCCAAGGUCAAGAUCACCCUGAUCAGGUAGGGCUUUGGGACCAGAGGCGUCAAUGCCUAUCCUACUGAGGAGACCUCUGCCCUCCUUAGUUUCAAACUGUUUAAGCUUGAAGGUGCUCUAAGUCCCACCUGCACUGCUGUUUCAGAAACACCUUAGCAGUGUUGUAGUACCGGAGACCGGUCUCAAGACCACAUUUUGAGUGUUUCGGUCUUGUCUCUGUGUUGGAUACAUUUGUACUCGGUCUUGACUCGGUCUUGGACACUGAGGACUAAUUUCUUCCUGAUACCAGCGGAGUAAAAAACUCAUUAUCAGCUUCCAUUCAGUCAGCGCAUAAAACCGCUUCGCCAGGCCAAAUACACUAUAUGAUCAAAAGUAUGUGGACACCUGCUCGUCAAACAUCUCAUUCCAAAAUCAUGGGCAUUAAUAUGGAGUUGGUCCCCCGUUUACUGCUAUAACAGCCUUGACUCUUCUGGGAAGGCUUUCCACUAGAUGUUGGAACAUUGCUGCAGGCCUUGCUUCCAUUCAGCCACAAGAGUAUUAGUGAGGUUGGGCGAUUAGGCCUGGCUAACAGUCGGUGUUCAAAUGUAUUCCAAAGGUGUUCGAUGGGGUUGAGGUCAUGGCUCUGUGCAGGCCAGUCAAGUUCUUCCACACCGAUCUUGACAAACCAUUUCUGUAUGCACCUUGCUUUGUGCAUGCUUAAACAGGAAAGGGCCUUCCCCAAACUGUUGCCACAACGUUGGAAGCACAGAAUCGUCUAGAAUGUCAUUGUAUGCUGUAGCGUUAAGAUUUCCCUUCACUGGAACUAAGGGGCCCAAACCAUGAAAAACAGCCCCAGACCAUUAUUCCUCCUCCACCAAACUUUACAGUUGGCACUAUGCAUUCGGGCAGGUAGCGUUCUCCUGGAAACACAUUUCAUAAAGCUCCCGACGAACAGUUAUUGUGCCGACGUUGCUUCCAGAGGCAGUUUGGAACUAGGUAGUGAGUGUUGCAACCGAGGACAGAUGAUUUUUACACGCUACGCACUUCAGCACUUGCCGGUCCCGUUCUGUGAGCUAAUGUGGCCUACCUCUUCGCGGCUGAGCCGCUGUUGCUUCUAGACGUUUCCAAUUCACAAUAACAGCAGUUACAGUUGACCGGGGCAGCUCUAGCAGGGCAGAAAUUUGACGAACUGACUUGUUUGAAAGGGGGCAUCCUAUGAUGGUGCCAUGUUGAAAGUCAAUAAGCUCUUCAGUAAGGUCAUUCUACUGCCAAUGUUUGUCUUACUGUAAAACACUAAGGACCAGUAGUGGAGUGUAGAGGAGUGUAGUGUAGAGGAGUGUAGAAGAGUGUAGUGUAGAGGAGUGUAGAGGAGUGUAGUAUAUAGUAGUGUACAGGAGUGUAGAAGAGUGUAGAAUAGAGUAGUGUGGAGGAGUGUAGUGUAGAAGAGUGUAGAGCAGUGUAGAAUAGUGUAGUGUAGAGUAGAGGACUGUAGUGUAGAGGAGUGUAGUGGAGUGUAGAAGGAUGUAGUGUAGAGGAGUGUAGUGUAGAGUAGUGUAGAGCACUGUAGUGUAGUGUGGAGUGUAGUGUAGAGGAGUGUAGUGUAGAGGAGUGUACAGGAGUGUAGAAGAGUGUAGUGUAGAGUAGUGUAGAGUAGAGGAGUGUAGUGUGGAGGAGUGGAGUGGAGUGUAGAGGAGUGUAGUGGAGUGUAGAAGGAUGUAGUGUAGAGGAGUGUAGUGUAGAGUAGUGUACAGGAGUGUAGAGUAGUGUAGAGCACUGUAGUGUAGUGUGGAGUGUAGUGUAGAGGAGUGUAGUGUAGAGGAGUGUAGUGGUGAUUAGUGUAGAGUAGUGGAGAGGAGUGUAGAGGAGUGUAGAGAAGUGGAGUGUAGAGGAGUGUAGUGGUGAUUAGUGUAGAGGAGUGUAGAGGAGUGUAGAGAAGUGGAGUGUAGAGGAGUGUAGUGUAGAGGAGUGUAGAAUAGAGGAGUGUAGAGGAGUGUAGUGUAGAGGAGUGUAGUGUAGAGGAGUGUAGAAUAGAGGAGUGUAGAAUAGAGGAGUGUAGAAUAGAGUAGUGUAGAGGAGUGUAGUGGAGAGGAGUGUAGUGUAGUGUAGAGGAGUGUAGUGUAGAGGAGUGUAGUGUAGAGGAGUGUAGAAUAGGGUAGUGUGGAGGAGUGUAGAGGAGUGUAGAAGAGUAUAGUGUAGUGUAGAGCAGUGUAGAGUAGUGUGGAGUGUAGUGUAGAUUAGUGUAGUGUAGAGGAGUGUAGAGGAGUGGAGUGUAGAAUAGUGUAGUGUAGAGGAGUGUAGAGGAGUGGAGUGUAGAGUAGAGUAGAGGAGUGUAGAGGAGUGUAGUGUAGAGGAGUGUAGAAUAGGGUAGUGUGGAGGAGUGUAGAGGAGUGUAGAAGAGUGUAGUGUAGAAUAGUGUAGAGUAGAGGAGUGUAGAAUAGGGUAGUGUGGAGGAGUGUAGAGGAGUGUAGAAGAGUGUAGUGUAGAAUAGUGUAGAGUAGAGGAGUGUAGAGUGUAGUGUAGAUUAGUGUAGUGUAGAGGAGUGUAGAGGAGUGGAGUGUAGAGUAGAGGAGUGGAGUAGAGUGUAGAGGAGUGGAGUGUAGAGUAGAGGAGUGGAGUAGAGUGUAGAGGAGUGGAGUGUAGAGUAGUGUAGAGCAGUGGAGUGUAGAGUAGUGUAGAGCAGUGGAGUGUAGUGGAGAUUAGUGUAGAGGAGUGGAGUGUAGUGGAGAUUAGUGUAGAGGAGUGGAGUGUAGAGUAGUGUAGAGGAGUGGAUAAUAGUGUAGUGUAGAGUAGAGGAGUGUAGAGUAGUGGAGUAGAGUGUAGAGCAGUGUAGUGGAGUGUAGAGUAGUGUAGAGGAGUGGAUAAUAGUGUAGUGUAGAGUAGAGGAGUGUAGAGUAGAGUGUAGAGCAGUGUAGUGGAGUGUAGAGUAGUGUAGAGCAGUGUAGUGGAGUGUAGAGGAGUGUAGUGUAGAAUGUGUAGAGGAGUGUAGAGGAGUGUAGUGGAGUGUAGUGUAGAAUGUGUAGAGGAGUGUAGUGUAGAGUAGUGUGGAGUGGAGUGUAGAAUGUGUAGAGGAGUGUAGUGUAGAGUAGUGUGGAGUGGAGUGUAGAGAAGAGGAGUGGAGAAUAGUGUAGUGUAGAGGAGUGGAGUAGAGUGUAGUGUAGAGUAGUGUAGAGCAGUGUAGUGUAGAGAAGUGUGGUGUAGAGGAGUGUAGAGCAGUGUAGUGUAGAGAAGUGUGGUGUAGAGGAGUGUAGUGUAGUGUAGUGGAGUGUAGAGUAGUGUAGUGGAGUGUAGAGUAGUGUAGUGGAGUGUAGAGUAGUGUAGUGGAGUGUAGAGUAGUGUAAUGGAGUGUAGUGUAGAGUAGUGGAGUGUAGAGUAGUGUAGUGGAGUGUAGAGUAGUGUAGUGGAGUGUAGAGUAGUGUAGUGGAGUGUAGAGUAGUGUAGUGGAGUGUAGUGUAGAGUAGUGGAGUGUAGAGUAGUGGAGUGUAGAGUAGUGUAGAGGAGUGUAGAGGAGUGGAGUAGAGUGUAGAGGAGUGUAGAGGAGUGGAGUAGAGUGUAGAGUAGAGUAGAGGAGUGGAUAAUAGUGGAGUGGAGUGGAGUGUAGAGGAGUGGAGUGUAGAGGAGUGGAGUGGAGUGUAGAGGAGUGGAGUGUAGAGGAGUGGAGUGUAGAGGAGUGGAGUGUAGAGGAGUGGAGUGUAGAGGAGUGGAGUGUAGAGUAGAGGAGUGGAGAAUAGUGGAGUGUAGAGGAGUGGAGUAGAGUGUAGAGGAGUGUAGAGGAUUGUAGUGUAGAGUAGUAGAGUAGAGUGUAGUGUAGAGGACUGUAGGGGAUUGUAGUGUAGAGUGUAGUGUAGAGUAGAGUAGUGGAGUGGAGUGUAAAGUAGUGGAGUUGAGUGGAGUGGAAGUAUACGACUUGUCAAUUAUGUAGUACAAUAGUGAAAUCAUGCACAAAGUAACCUACACGCAAAGCAUGUUGAACUACAUUCAUAUGCGCGCCGUACACAUAGCCUAGUUUCAGCAGGAAUAUCAUCUGCAGGCAGCAAGAGCAUGCAGCUCUCAGCUGGUUUUGGCACAGAGCAGCUCACAGCUGUAGCUGGUAGGGUAGAAAAUAUGUUUUAGCUUAUGAUAUCUACCAGUAAAUGCUAACUAAGGCAACAAUAGCAAUGCAAACCAGGUGCUGAGAAAGUUUGGUCCGAAGUCUUGUUUAGUAGGCUAUUUAUGAUGCGCAAUUCAGUCAUGAUGCACUGUUUGCAUCAGGGGCGUAGGCUUGAGUGGGCCUGGGUGGUCAGCGUUGCACGCUCUGGGCAUUCUCUCAACCAGCUUUACCUGGAAUGCUUUUCCAAUAGUCUUGAAGGAGUUCCCACAUAUGCAGAGAACUCGCAAUUGGGUUGAGGUUAUGUGAUUGUGGAGGCCAGGUCAUCUGAUUUAGCACUCCAUCACUCUCCCUCUUGGUCAAAUAGCCCUUACACAGCCUGGGGGUGUUCUAAGCGCAAAACAGAUGGGAUGGCGUAUCCCUGCAGAAUGCUGUGGUAGCCAUGCUGGUUAAGUGUGCCUUGAAUUCUAAAUAAAUCACAGUGUCACCAGCAAAGCACCCCCACACCAUCAAACCUCCUCCUCCAUGCUUCACGGUGGGAACCACACAUGCAGAGAUUAUCCAUUUACCUACUCUGCAUCUCACAAAGAUGCAGCGGUUGGAUCCAAAAAUCUCAAAUUUGGCCCAAGCAAGUAUCUUCUUAGUGAUUUCUUUGCAGCAAAGGCCUGAUUCAUGCAGUCACCUCUGAACAGUUGAUGUUGAGAUGUGUCUGUUACUUGAACUCUGUGAAGCAUUUAUUUGGGAUGCAAUUUCUGAGGCUGGUAACUCUUACGUACUUCUCCUCUGCAGCAGAGGGAACUCUGGUUCUUCUUUCCUGUGGCGGUCCUCAUGAGAUCCAGUUCCAUCAUAACGCUUGAUGGUUGUUGCGACUGCACUUGAAGAAACGUUCAACGUUUUUGACAUUUUCUGGAUUGACUGACCUUCAUGUCUUAAAAUGUUUUAAAGUAAUGAUGGACUGUCAUUUCUCUUUGCUUAUUUGAGCUGUUCUUGCCAUAAUAUGGACUUGGUCUUUUACCAAAUAGGGCUAUCUUCUAUAUACCACCCUACCUUAACACAACUGAUUGUCUCAAACGCAUUAAGAAGGAAAGACAUUCCACAAAUUAACUUUUAACUUAGGGCUAGGCCCCUUUUUUCUCCAUUUCCGCCUGAAUGACAUGCCCAAAGUACACUGUCUGUAGCUCAGUCCCUGAAGCCAGGAUAUUCAUAUAAUUGGUACCAUUUGAAAGAAAACACUUUAUAGAAAAUUAAAAUAAUGUAGGAGAAUAUAACACAAUAGAUAUGGUAGGAGAAAAUCCAAAGAAAAACCAACCAAACAGAAAGCUCAUAUUGUAAAAUAGCUCCCUGGAUGCAAUUCCUAUGGCUUCCACAGGGUGUCCGCAGUCAUGUUCAAGGUUUCAGGCCGUAACUUCAAAAACGAAUAAGAAAUAACAGUUUUUGUAUGAGGACACAGUGUUGGAAAUCCGUGUCUUUGCGCGUCAUGAUGAAGUUGUGCACCUGCUAAAAUCGGUUUCCUAUUGAACAUACUUCUUUCUGAAAUAAAUAUUAUAGUUUGAUUACAUUUUAGGGUGUCUGAGUAGUGAAUAGAAAUGUAUUUUGACUUGUUGAAACAAAGUUUAGGGGUAGAUUUCUGGAUUCCUUUCUCUGGAAGUUGAACGAGUGGAUUACUCAAAUCGAUGGCGCCAACUGAACUGACUUUUUUGGAUAUAAAAAAUGAUUUUAUCCAACAAAACGACACAACAUGUUAUAGCUGGGACCCUUUGGAUGACAAAUCAGAGGAAUAUUUUUUUAAAGUAAGUGAAUAUUUAAUCUUUAAAUGUUAAUGUAUGAAACCUGUGCCGGUGGAAAAAUAUUUUGACGUGGGGCGCCGUCCUCAAACAAUCGCAUGGCAUUUUUACGCUAUACUAGCUACUGAAAAUCGGACAGUGCAGUUAGAUUAACAAUAAUUUAAGCUUUCAGACGAUAUAAGACACUUAUAUGUACCUAAAUGUUUAAAAUUCAUAAUAACUAUUAGAAUAUAUUUGAAUUAUGCA